AUGGCGGAGAAUGAGCUGCAUCCUGUAUUCCAAGAUUGGAUGCCGGCACCAAACGCAUGCUUUGAUAUCCAGAUUCUUGAACCACAGGAAGCAGACACGGGGCCGCCCUGCAGGAAAAAGUUGUUAAAUCUCGUCAAAGGACGGUGCAAAAGGCUCAAAGUCGAGACCAGCGAACUUCAAGAUGGCGUCUUGGCGAUCAGAUUCGCCCGCACAUCUUCCUCGGUAGCACUCGUACCAUUUGAACAAAAGGCAGAGUGCCUGUGUAACGCCAUUCUAAACUACAGAAACACGGCCGAGAUUGCCAAGAUUACGGCUCGAGGCGCAAUGGGCAUAUCUCCCAGAUCCGUGCAGUUUGACGACAUCUUCCGAAAGUGCCUGUACAAGAUUGCCUGCGGCCGCCCAGCUCGGCUGCUCAACAACAUUGACGGGGCGCCAACCGAUCAGCUCCCGCCAUGGGUGAACUCUUUUGCUCUGAGCAUCAUAACAGAUAUACCCGUGUACAAACCUUCUGCUGCAAUGAUGCAUAAGGCACAGCCGCGGCAAGCAGUCGAGGCUGCCGGACGCUUUCUUGAGUGGCUUAUCAACAGCCGGGAAGACGACGAGGACGAUGAUGCGGCAAAUGGCAGCCUGGUAAUCCAGUUGCAAGAGGCAGAUGAACUUCUUGCUGGCGCUAUUGCUUCGAUGGCUAUCAGUACAAGGAGGCUCCAAGGGAACGUGACUCAGGGAAACAUCAGGCAGUGGCACAGACACAUUGACGAGCAGUCGUACCUGGUUUUGCAGGCCGCAUCAAGGAUACUCCUCAGCAAUGAUGAUGUUUUAGCUAGGUUUCUCGCCCUGUAUCGUGCCGAUGACGGACCUGGUCUGCCAGGCCUGCUCGGCGGCCUCGGCGCCGCACUGUCUAUAGGCAGCAUCGGCACAGCGUCGUUGCCGCUCUCUCAGUUCACCUUCGCACACUUUGCUGGGCUGCUCACCACCCUCACGUGGCCUACAAUCGCGGUCAUCAAUCCUGUCACACUGACCGCCGGUCUGGGCAUUGCAAUGGCCGCACUGAUAGGCCAUCUCAAUGGAAGCGAUGCUAGGAAAGUAGCAGCACGUCUUAAGAGAGACUUGGAAUUUGUAUGCAAGGCGCUCCGUGUGUGCCGAGAAGUCGACCUCCUUCAGAAGUGGAUAAGGACAGCAUCAGGAGGAAAUGUCCUGCGCCUGUCGCGCCUGCGUUCCAUGGACUGUCCGGAAACGGUGAAUAUGUGGACUGAGUUUGUUGCAGAAGUCAGAGAUGGCUCCCUUGCUCCUAGAUUCUCAGUCAACAAUGUUUCUAGGACGGCUUUGGAUUCGCGCGGCAAGAGAGCCGAAACACGGGAUGUCCGGCUUUAUCUGAGCUAUUUGCUCGUGGCGAGGCCCGAUGAAGUUGACUCUGACUCUGACGACUGA